AUGGCUUAUUUUCUCCCUUCUCCCCGCCUCUACAACUUCUUCUUCCUCCUCUUGUUCUUCUGCUGCUGUUUUUUCACCCUACUUAUAAAUCCCACGUCCUCUCAUCCAACACAACCGACAUCCGAGCUCGUCGAGAGCGUCUGCAACACCACCACCAUCUACGAAUUCUGCGUGGACGCUCUCUACUCCAACCCGCGAACGCCGACAAUCCACGACCCCUACAGUCUCGCCUACAUCUCAUUCACCUUGGCUAUCGUCAAUGCCACCGACGCGAGACUCAACAUGCAAAUAUUGUUGAAAAGCAACAGCAGCCGCAGCUUGUACUCGAAGCCCUUGAGGAGAUGCGUGCAGCUGUACGGGGAAGCCGCAGAGACUCUGGGAAGAGCCUUGAAUGACAUGAACUCGGAUGAUUACUACGACCUGGCCCCGUACGCUGCCGACUGUACUCGGAAGGCUGACAACUGCCAAGCCGCCUUCGGGGGCAGAGCCACUGACUCCCGUUUGUCUCGGAUGAAUCGAGACUUUCGGGGGCUCGCCGAGAUCUGUAUCGUCGUCUCCAAUAUUUGUUAUCCUGGCUGA